GAUUCAGCAGUGUCCACUCCACACAGCAUAAGUCGUACCUGAAUGGAGUUGGUCGGUUUCUUCACUUGCAAAAGUGGGGAUUGCAUAACAGCCGAAAAGCAACUGCCAUGGAAGAUGUUCUAUAAAUGGCCUUCUGCCCGGCCUUCGAAUCCAUGCCACUGGUCUCUGGAGCUGCUCCUGGCAACAAGCAAUCACAGGCCACAAGACCAGCCCUUGAAUGCGUCAGCUCAUCCUAGUACGCAUCAUUCUCUCUGGACUCAGCCUAUACCAACCUCAACUCGGCCCUUCAUAUUUGAAGUACUCCUCAAGUUUUUAGCUUCGCUUCUGCAAAUACAGUAUUCCUUACCUUACUGCAGUUUAGAGCUUAGGAGCCAUGAAAACUACCCCAAUUGUCACACUGGUUUUCUUCAUUUUUUUUCUUCUGUCACCAUGCCUAGAAGGUCGUGCACACCAUCAUGGAAAACACUGGUAUCUUCGUCAUCGAGGACCCCUUUCUUCUUCCUCAAUCCUGGCCCCUAAUAGUGAACCUCCUUACUCUCCAUCUGAGCCCCCUAGUGCCGAACCUCCUUACUCUCCACCCCAACCACCCAGCUCUACACCUUCUUACUAUCCACCCAGUCACCAUAGUUCUGAACCUUCUUCCUCUCCACCCCAUUCCCCUAGUACUGUGCCAUCUCACUCUUCAACCCAUCACCUCAGUGCUAAACCUUACUAUUCUCCACUUCCUCCACCCAGUACAGCACCAGCUUCCUACUCUGCACCCCAUCAUCAAAGUACUAAGCCUUAUCACUCUCCUCCCCAUGCCCCAAGUAGUGCACCUUCUUCCUCUUCACCACCCUAUCAUCACAGUAAUAAACCUUAUCAUUCCCCACCUUAUCCCCCUGGUACUGCACCUUAUUCCUCCCCUCCCCAUCAUCACAGUGCCAAGCAUUCUCACUCCCCACACCACGCUCCCAGUAGUUCACCUUAUUACUCUCCACCUCAUCAUCACAGUACUGGGCAUUCUCACUCUCCACCGCACCCUCCCACUGCCUCACCCUAUCACUCACCAUCCCAGCCGCCUAGUUCAUCGCCGGCGCCUAUCGGAGCAGGCUGCAGCGGCAGCUCAACGGAUUCUCCCUGCAUUUUUGACGUAAGGGCCUUUGGCGCGGUCGGAGACUCUGUUACUAAUGACACUGAUGCCUUCAAGUCGGCUUGGGAAGCAGCUUGCAAAGUGGACUCAGCCAUUCUACUUGUUCCCGCUGGUCACACCUUCAUGAUUCACCCCACCAUAUUUUCGGGUCCUUGCCAAGAUGGACUUGUGUUUCAGAUCGAUGGCAUUAUGACUCCACCAGACGGCCCGGACUCUUGGCCGGAAAAGAGCAGCAAAAGGCAGUGGCUUGUGUUCUACAGGUUACAUGAUAUGACACUCCAGGGACAGGGAACGAUAGAUGGAAGAGGUCAAAAAUGGUGGGAGCUUCCUUGCAAGCCACACAGGGGUGUCAACGGAACCACAUUACCUGGACCUUGUGAUAGUCCUAUUUCAAUUCGGUUCUUUGAAAGCUCAAAUUUGACAGUGAGAGGAGUGAAGAUGAUGAACAGCCCUCAGUUCCAUUUCAGGUUUGACAGUUGCAGCUCUGUCCAUAUUGACACCAUUUCAAUAACUUCACCAGCUUUAAGUCCAAAUACGGAUGGAAUUCAUGUCGAGAACACGCAGUCAGUAGGAAUUUACAACUCAAUGAUAGGCGCUGGGGAUGAUUGUAUAUCGAUCGGGGCAGGAUCCAUAAAUGUUGAUAUACGAAAUGUGACAUGUGGGCCUAGCCAUGGGAUCAGCAUUGGAAGCCUGGGAAAUCACAAUUCACAUGCCUGUGUCUCAAACAUAACCGUGACAGAUGUUGUCAUCAAGCAUUCAGACAAUGGUUUAAGGAUCAAGACAUGGCAAGGAGGGAGUGGCUCAGUUUCAGCUGUUUCUUUCACAAAUGUGGUGAUGGACACAGUGAGAAACCCCAUUAUAAUUGAUCAGUUCUACUGCCUUAGCAAGAAAUGUGAUAAUCAGACUUCAGCUGUGCUUGUCUCUGACAUCAGUUACCGGGGGAUAAAGGGCACUUACGACGUCCGGAGCCCACCAAUGCGGUUUGCCUGCAGUGACUCAGUUCCAUGUACCAACAUAACACUGUCAGAUGUUGAACUUCUGCCUGCCCAGGGUGAACUGUUGCAAGAUCCCUUCUGCUGGAAUGUUUAUGGGGACUCACGAACUAUCACAAUCCCCCCCGUUGCAUGUUUACAGGAAGGACUUCCUCUCAGAACCAUACAGAGUUCAAUUGAGAGAUGCUGAACAACCUUAUGAGACCACUAAUACAAAGUCAUACUGCAACAAUAUGGAAGUUAAUAUUUAUAAGCUUCCUUUCUAAUGUAUACACAUUAGUCCUCUUAGUAAAGAGAAAACGUCAGUUCUAUUAGUAAA